AAGAGACUGUCAGGGACUAGGAGACAUGGACUAGGAGAGAGAGUCAGGGACUAGGAGACAGAGAUAGAGACUAAGAGACUGUCAGGGACUAGGAGACAGAGUCAGGGACUAGGAGACAGUCAGAGACUAGGAGACCCGGUCUGCCCCCCCCUCAACUGUGCCCCCUGGCAGACAGGUGAUGACAUCAUGAUGACAUUAUGAGCCGAUGGCGGCGUUCAGUGGAUGGGCUGGCGGCGCGGCGGCGGCAGCAGGACGAGUGUGAGCGAGCUCAGGAGGCUCUGAGUCGCGUCACUUCCUGUUUCCAGCAGCUGGCGGCCUCACUCGGCAGCUCGGCGGAUGGAAGCUUCCUGAGAGACGAGAUGGAUGAAACUAGAGGACUGGCCCACCGCAUCAGCACUGGUCUGUCCCGGCGCCUGGUGCGUCUGCUGUCAGACGGGGACUCUGGUACCUCAGGUGUGGAGGACCGAAAGGUGUCGGAGCGUCUUUGGGUUCUCUUCCUGUCGGCGUUAGAGAGUUUCCUGUAUGACCUCCGUAAGGCCUACGAUCUGAUUGGACAGUUCCCUCUGAGACAUCGCUACGACAGACGCUCGCUGGUUAACACAGGAUGUAUUGAUGGCGUGGUGGGCGUAGCAGCUCGAGUGGCUUCCGUCCAAGCACCAUGGCUCACCUUGGAGGAGGAGCCGAGCCCUGAUCUGACCAAUCACAUCACAGGACUGGAGAUCAUGCUGAGUGAGAUGCAACUCAGGGUUCCUGUCCCGUUCUGGUCUGUGGAGGCAACCCAGCCGGCGUGGGCCGAAGCUUGCGGUGAACUAGAAGAACCAGAUGACACCCUGGAGGACCUGAUGGAGGUCGAGGUUGUGUCCAACGACACCAGCAGCAGGAUGGUUGCCUGCUGCCAGCCGGCAUGCUGCGGAUUGGGCUUUGUCGGGUAG